AUGUCAGCGGUACAUUUCCUCCACGACGGGAUUCUUUUCCUGCUGCUCAUUUACGGAACCAUUGCGAGGAUCAAACCAGUGGCAGGUUCGUCACUGGCGCUGUGCGAAGGUGGCCAAACGUGUCUUCCGCCGAAGGAAUGCUGCGCCCAGGGCUGCUGCUACCUGUACGCACCGCCCGGUGCCCCGCGGGUCCCGCUGGCCAGCAACGACCACAUGCUGAGCAUGCUGUUCCUCAACCACUGGUACUUCUGGUGCUUCGUGCUGGCCAUCGUGCUGGCGCUCCUGUGCACCUGCUCGCUGUGGCGUAAGCGGCGCCAGCUGUGCGGCUGGGACACGUCGGCGCGCCACUCGCAGUCCGAGGGCGACUCGGCCGGGUCCUGCUAUGCGCCACCGCAGUACAGCCGCUGUAACUCGUUCCACAUUCACGCACCGCCGCCUUAUACAGAGGUUGCCUCGAAGCCGGACCUAUACCCGCUGGUGUUCAGCUACACCGACCCGGGCAAGGGCAAUGGGGCGAACUAUCUGAUGGUGCAGUACUUCCGCAACUACAUCGUGCAGCCGGUCGGCUCCAUCUCCGGCACCAGCACGGUGGACUCGCUCAGCUCCAGCUUCAUCUGCAACGCGAACGAGGCGAACACGCUCGUGCCACCGCCGUACUCGCGUGCCGCCAGCCCCGACCUGACGGUGUCGUUCCGGAACUACCUGAUGCCCCGGUCGGCCUCCCAGCAGGUCUGCCUGACGACGUCCGGGAUGGCGGCAGCACUGCCGAGCUCGAGAAGUCACGCCGCCGGCGGAAGCUACCAGCACGGUGACGACGAGUCGCUGCUGGAGCAGCAACACCAGCAGCAGCCGGAAGGGGAGGAGGAGGAGGAGGGGAUGGAUGGGGUAGCGGCCCCCAUCGCCACCAACACCACCACAAUCAACCACAGCAACUUCAGCAGCAAUAAUGUGUCCUUAAUGGAGUGUUCCGGUGCGCGCACUGGAAACUACCAUCACCCGUUAAUGAACUUCGUCGAGCAUGGACCAAGCAGCCGGCAGCAGGGCGGCGUCCCCAGCGGGGGGUCAGGCGGAGCGCUGGCGAACGGCUCGACGGACUCGUUCCCGUCGCAGGACUCGGGCGAACACGUGCCGGCGUGUCCGAGCGCCGGUAGCAGCCAAAGCCACGGUCGGCACGCGGCCGGUACCAACGAACUCUGUGAUCUAGUAGGCGGUAGCAGGGCGGGGCAGAACGCGCACGGUCACCACCGGGACGCCACCGGGUUGGUCUGCAAGCUGUGCUGCUCCACGGGUGAUCUGCGCCCGCCGCACCGGAAGGAUAUGCCGGCGCUGCACAAGAGCCUGGAAACGUGCUGCCACGUGAACUUCCUGCACGCCGCCGAACCGGUGCGGCAGCUCACGAACCUGGCGGCGGACAGCGAGGACUCGAUAGUGGUUGGCACCCGCAAGGUGGGCACCGUAGCGGCGGCCAGCGGUGUCUCCAGUGCCGGCUCGAACGUCUCCAGCCUGGUCAAUCUGGAUGCGACCGGUUCACCGCCCCGUGCGACCAGCCCGACGGCGGAGGUUCGCGAGCUGCUCGAACAGAUCCGUCAGCUGCACAACGACGAGGACCACGAGGACCACGAGGAGUCUGGUGUCGGCGUGCCGCAGUCGUCGUCUUCGUCGGUAUCGUCCGGCGUGCCGACGUUCUCGGCCUACCGCCGGCCUUCCUCGCUGAUCGGCCGAAGGAGAAAGCUGUUCUCCAAGAGCUCCUCGCAGCAGCACAACAAGGCCGUCUACACGCCGAUCGGUUUCGCACAAAACGGCAUGCCACCGACGGCGAGCGGCAUGAGGCACCUGCGUAGCCCCGCCAGCUCCGGUGGCGGCGCGUCCGGCUUCCUCAACCGUGGCCGCAGCCGCUACUGCUGGAUGUCGAAGUCGGCCCCGACCACGCCGGGUACGGCGCCCGGCAGCUUCGCCAGUGGCACCCUCGGCGACAACCGGCCUCUGCUGCUGCACGAACAGGAAGAGGAUGGCGAGCAGAACGUCUAG